CUUCCGUCAUUGCGACAUUCCAACUAUUCGCUAAUUCUAACAUAAUAACAACAUAGAUCUAAUUAACAACGUCUUCAGCAAUUUAAAAUUCCUUGAGUAUUUUAAAAUUAGAUCUACAUUAAUGUCUAAAGAAAGGGAGCAAUGGAAGAGCCAACACUUGUGUUGUCACUCUAUUCAGAUUUCUCAAAAACUUUAAGUAAAACUUUGUCAUUCCUGUUCAGCCUUGCCUGGUAUUCCCGGAUCCGAUUACCUGCUUACCUAACCUUUAUUUUUCUAGCUGCUGAUAUUCGAUUCAGUAUUGAAGUUAUUAUAGAUCCACAGGCUCAUGACAUUGAUGAUGUUGAAUAAAAACAUCAGCCAAUAGUUUAUUCCCUAGGUUUGUCAAGAAUGUGAUCUUUUAAAUUAAAAGGUUACACUAGAAACUUAUUGAAUAGCAAAGAAUGAGCCGUGGAGUUCGGGAUCUACGAGAUUUAAUUUGUGUCUCAAGACUGACUUUUCAUGAAGACGAGGAGGAUGAAAUAUUCUCAGAUGAGGACCGAAUCAUAAGCAGACUUUCACUGGAGAGCUCUAAGUCUGUAGUUACCAGCAGUUCAAGAAAUACUCCAGUUGUUUCCCCUGACUCAGGCUGUAUUACAGAAACCUCAGAUAUCAAUUCUGUUCUGCCUGUUCAGACCCAGUUGGAUGACAGUGAUGUGGUCAGUAAUGAUGAAGUUCAUUUCAAAUCUUCAAAAACUGGUAAUGCAAAGUUAACAAACAAUCAUAAGAAAAGGAGAAAAAAAGUUGAAGUUUCACUGCAACCAGCAAGGCAUGAGUUACCCAAACCAUCCCCUUUGCCUCCAGUUAAAAAAUCUUCAGAGUCAAAAAUAAAUUCUCAUCCACCAGAGAAUUUAAAGAAACAGACAACUAAAGUAAAAAGUCGUGUGAACUAUGAUGAUAUUCUUAUUUUUAUGGAUGCUACAAUGGUAGCAAACUGGCUCAAAAGAUCGAAUGAAGCCAUUCAAGAGCUAGCCAAAUUUAUUAACUCUAAAGAAAAUUUUGUGCAAUUUUCUCAUUUUUGGCUGUCGGACUUCCCAGAUUUUCAAAAGAAAGAAAUAUUUUCUAUGGAGUUUGACAUUUUAUUGGAUGAAAUAGGACUAGCUUUUGCUGUAGGCAGGGACUCAAACAAAGUAGUUCGAAGAGAUAUGUUAGACCUAUGUGGGUCCGUGUUUAAAGAAUAUCCUGUUAAACUGUUAGGCUCCUCUGGGCCUUAUUUGUUUCUUGACUACUUAGAUACACUAACAUCAGAAAAAGAUGAUCAGUACAAAAAACUUCUUUCUGAUGUUCGUUGUUCUACAAGCAACCGCCAGUAUGCUCAAUGGCUGUUAGCUACUCGAUCUUUCGCACUCGUAAAUGUUUGGUCAUCCGUGGUCAAUUUUUACAGAAAUUUGACAGGUGUUGCUAUACAGAGUAAGCCUCUAGAUGUGUCCAAAUUUAAGGAGACCUCACACAAAAGGAUGAUGCAGUCAAUUCAACUAGGUUACAUUGAUGUCAUCAGCUAUUUGAUCAAGAGUGGCCACGUGAGCAUGUCUUACACAGAUUCUCAAAGAAAGUCUCUGCUCUUCAUUGCAGUUAUGCAAAAUCAGCCUGAUGUAGUAAAAUAUUUUUUAAGCAAAGAGGAUUCAAUAGACGUUAACCAACCAGCUGACAAUGGAAACACUGCCCUCCAUGCUGCCUCCAACAGUGGUAAUCUGCCCAUUGUUGAAAUUUUGUGUGGUUGUUCUAGGACCAACGUCAACUGUAUCAACACCCAGUGUGAUCGUUCAACACCGUUACAUUUGGCUGUCAUGCAUGGCCAUGAACAGAUUGUAACCUGCCUCCUACGGCAUGGUGCUGAUCCCCAGUUGAAAAUGGCUGAUAAAACAGCGACAGAUUUAGCUGUUGACUUUGACCAGAAAGAAAUAUUAAAGUUACUAGAAGAUAAUGGAAAACAGGAUUCAGUCACGUAGUACAUCAUAGAUUUAUCAGUAAAGAGCCAAAAGCAUAUUUUUAAAAUGGCUAAUUUGUAAGUUACUAUGAACAACUUAUAUUCAAUUGUAAUAUAAAAGAUUUUAGUUUUACAGUUUAAGUAAAAUCUGGCAUAAAUAGUUUUAUAAGCUGAGUUUAACAUUAAAGUAUGGUGAGGAUAACACAGGCUUUUUGUGCUACUGUACGAGUAAAUCCAUACUUCAAAUCUUAGAAAUUAAGUUUUAGAAUUUGAAUGCUAAAGACUUCUUAUAUUUCCAUAGAGUUUUAGAAAAUUAUUUUCAAUUUAAAUCAGGAUUUUUAACAUUUCAAAAAAAAUUCAAAGCUAAGUAUAAAUAAUUGUUUGGAUUUACUACAUACAACUUUUUUACUUUUGGGAACUUUUACGUAUAAUGAUCAUUUAAUCUUUUUCAUCGAGAUUUUCAUUCUACUUCAAAAGAAAAUAAUACUAAAACUUUUUUUUUGUUUGUAAAAUGUUGGGUGAAGACAGUUUUACAACUUUAAUCAAUUUUAGCACCAUACAAAUUAUUAUUAACAAUAAUUCUCUUCAUUCAAAUAAAAAUUUAUAAAUGCAAAUAAGUAGAAUUUUAAAAGAAGCUAAAAACCAUAUUUUGUAAAAUGAAAGUAUUACUAAAAUAUAUUUUUACCACUAUAUUUUUCUGUGUGAACUGCAGUAUUGCUCACAUUCUUCUCCUGUAUGUUUUACACAGCAUUAUCCUGUUGAAAUGUGCUUAAUUUUAUAGAUGUCAUGGUGUGCAUGUUUUUUUUUAUGUCAAGAUUGAUCUCUUGGUUAAUAGUAGGUGUGGCUUGUUAGUAUGAGUUUAACCAGUUAGAAGUCUUCAAAUUAAGAUAGGUGAUGGGAGCCACUUUUUUUUCAAACAGGUUUAAAAAUAAUUAAUUGCUUAUCCAAAAGGAUGUAAAAAAAAUCAGAAUAUAAUUUAUGUCUUGGCUUGUUUUAUCAUGUCCCUGAGUUCACCAGGUACUAAUGGGUACAGAAAUUUAUAUCUGUGCAAGUACAGAAUCUAAAAAUUCCUAAAGACUCCACUCUUACAUUCAGAAGUCAAAGGCUACUUAAAUAUUUUUUAUGAUCUCUGUCAUAAUAUUUUAGAAGCAUACUGGAAACAGUUGACUAAUAUGACCAGUUUUUUUUAAGAAAGUCAAAUAUUAUUUUAUGCUGUUUUUGUUCCAUUUUUUUAUAUCAAAGAACUGAUUCUUUGUUAUGAUUAAACUUAUUCAUGUCCAUCAGAGCUUAUUUUCCCUUUUGGAAGAUAGCGAUGCCAUUUUUUCUUAUUACAUAUCUAGCAAAUAUCCUAAAAA